CAUGCAGUGUUCUUUCGGCGUGCCUCUUCGACGGUUCUCUCCACUGCCAACGCUAUUUCGGACCUCCCAUGCCUAUGCUUUGGGUCCAUCCUCCUGCUGUCAUUCUGGGUUAUCGCUUAUGUUUGCAGGGUAAUUGACAACACAACGAAUGGUAUUUACUACACGCAAGGGAGUAAUCAAGGCUGGAAAAAGAACCUGAGCGGCGACCUGUCCUCCACACCUGCAAAGAGUGCAUCGUCGGCGGAAGAUAAGCCGCAGCCGCUCGCAAAUGGAAGCAAUAGACUUUCUACUGGAUCGUCAAAAGGUGUGAGGGGCGAGAUGCGCAGCUCAGCGCAAAAGUCUGACUAUUGGCAUAAAAAUGCUGAAAGACGAGAUAGCGACAAGCCGAGAGCGUUUUAUCAACGCAACGACAGGUACCAGUCCCGAAAUCCUCAUGCCCCUCCGAAACUGACCCCAGCACAGCGCAAGGCUCGUGGUCCACUGCCAGAUUGGGAAGAUAUACAAGAUGGCGAGGAUAAUUUCGACUAUAUGAAUCUAAUGGACUCGCAGUACGCCCAGUACUAUGCAAUGUCGUCGAUACCACCGUUUGAUGGUGUGGGAGGCAUGGAUCCUCAAGUAGCCAGCAUGAUGAUUCAACAAGCUCAGCAGCAUAUGGCUGCUUUCGGUUUUCGACCAGCAAUUCCAUUGAUGCAACCACAUAUAGUGGCUCCUCCUGACCCUCAGGGAGCUGUCCUAACCGCUGCAAUUGGCGAUUCGAUCAACACAGCAAUACCGUUUGCACCAAUUUAUCCGACACAACCUCCAUUCGUUCCACUCAAUGAUGAAACGCUGAAGGAUUGUGUGCGCAAGCAAAUCGAAUAUUAUUUCUCUGCCGACAACCUUCAAAAGGAUUUCUUCUUACGCCGCAAGAUGAAUGCGGAAGGAUUUUUGCCCAUCACCCUCAUUGCCUCUUUCCCUCGUGUACGAUCUCUGACACAAGAUCUUGCGCUUAUCUGUGAAGGUCUACGCGAUAGUGAUAAGGUAUGUUUUUUGUUUUCUUAUUCUGAAAAAUAUAUUGUUAGAGUACCUAAAUGCUCGUAG